AUUGAAACUCCCAAAUUGAAGCAUUAAAAUAGGCUAAACCUUCAACAUUCAUUUCUACCGCCACAACUACUCAAACUAAUACUCCUCCAGGUCUACCAACUGAAAAAAGUUAUUAACUAAUAUGAAAUUUCAAAGCUUUUACCUUCUUACUGUCAUUUUCAUGUGUUUCUAUAUAAUGGACAUUAAAGCAUAUAGUACCGACACGGAAUUGGCUUUGACUCUCUGCAGUUGUAGAAUUUGGGUAGAGGAUUCAAAUGGUUACCGCAUAGCCGGUAGCAAACACUACAGUGAUUGUAGUUACGAUAACUAUGGCCCGAAUUUCCAUCAAUACCUUACGUUUCCAGAUGAAACGUACACGGUUUAUGCUAAAGUUUUAGGUAGUUUCGAGAAAAAGAAAAUACGGGGACCUUUUAAUGCGGGUGCCUGUUUUGUUAUAACAGGCAGUGUUGAUGAUUGGAAAUUUGAUCAAGUAACUUGUAAGCCUUAAUCGUUUAUUUGGAUAUUAUCUCAGUAUGUUGAAGAUGUGAACCAAUUAAAUCUGUUUCUCUAGUUGCAUAAUUAAUUAUUUUCUAGAAAUAUGACAUCAUUAAUAAUUAAUACAAAAAUUUUUAAUUUUUCGAAAAAUUAUUUACCAAAAAAAUUUU